CGGGUCUGAGCCUUCGAACACAGUGUAGUCGGGCACUGGCAGAGGAUCAUCAGACUUGGGGAGGCGAGCGAAGAUCGUCCUUAUACUCCAGCAAACAACGUGUCUCUAGCUGUCGGAUGUGCUGGGCGCGCGCACGUGCUUGUGCAUGAGCUUCGAGGAGGCGGAUUAGGCUUCGUUGGCGACAUUAAUCGAAAGAAAACACGGUCUGGACGUCCAGUUUCAUUUGUGGGUUUUUCGUUUCACGGACUCUGGGACAAACAUCGAGUCGUAACCACUCGUCGUAUCGUGCUUCUGACAGACUGCCGUGCGAUCGGCGAAGACGACAGAAUCCCUCUCGCGGCAUUGCUCGUCCCGGCGCGGUCGCCCUGGAAGCAUGGACAAGCUGCUCGGAUGCCUCGUGACCUUGAUGUGCCUCCUUCUGCUGGUGGAAGCCGUGGCGGAAGCCUCUCCUUACAGCGUUAGUGGUGACGACGCUGGCGGUGGCGUGUCGGCCGAGGCCUUGAGCGACCCCUACGAAUUCUGCCGGGCGCACUUCGGGAGCGACUUCGCGCUCAACCGCGAAGUCCGCCGGGCCAAUACGGUCGAGAAAACGGAGGCGCCAAGGGACGAUUUGGAGGAUUACAACGACAACUUGGCCCGCUUGCUAUUUUUCACGCGAAAGAGGAGCUGCAUUCGUCGCGGAGGCAGUUGCGACCACCGACCCAACGAUUGCUGCUACAACUCUUCGUGCCGAUGCAACCUGUGGGGCACCAACUGUAGAUGCCAGAGGAUGGGCCUCUUCCAGAAGUGGGGAAAGAAGUGAGCAGGAUGGGGACCCUGCACUAACCGACACCGAAAACCGGAGGAACCAAGAUGGCCGCCACGAUCCCCUUCUUUUUUUUUUUCUUUUUCCUUACGCCGCCGCGAGCAACGAGGCAAGAUCGAGAUCGGGCAACUGUGAGACGACGAUGAAGUGACUGCGGGUGGCGCCGCCACCCACGCGUGACGCCAAGGAAGUGACGCCAUCUUGCGACGCCCGCCACGCAACCGGACUUUUUCUUUCUGUUUUUUUUUUAUUUUUUUUUAUUCGUGUGUGCUCCACGACUCCCAGGAACGGACUGGUUUCUCGUGAAUUCACGCUGAACCCCCAAAGCGCUCUCGUCUGAUGGCUGAAAAAAAAAAUGUGCAACAAAAUUACAUUCUGUUGUCGACUAGUCAAGCCACUAAGUAGCAUUGGCAACAGAAAAAGAAAAACAACAAAAAAAAAACAAUGAUAGGCAGCUUUCAAGCUGUUUUUCUCAUAUUUUCCCCCUCAAGGGUCACAAUGAUCGUGCGAAUAUGUUGUAUUUUUUGUUAUUCGCCCUUGUAAAUAGUUGUGUCAAAACUUUGGAGGACUCUUGUGUUUUUCUGUACUUUGCUUCGCCUUAAAACAGACCGCAGCGGACGCUACGAGCCGUCCCAGCCACUCUACCGCUGUGAAUCUAUCACUUGACUGCGCGUCCGACACGUCACUGUGACCUUCGGAAGGUCACGUGAUAAUCACACGGCAGUGGAUUGGCUUAUGGGUGGUUUGUGUACCGUGCGGCGAAACGGGGCGUUGCAUGUGUGCCAACUGUCGUACGUUGAUUACUGUUCGGUUGUUGUUGUUCUUGUUCUUCUCUUUUUCACUACAGCUCAUUUCAUGAAUCGUUUUUUCCAAAAUAUUUUUUUUCCUACUGUUUUCCAGUUUUGUCACCGGUUGUCAUCAACUCAAGAACGGUAUUAGUGUCUUCUUCGCUGCUCCUCAAUGGUUGCUUAGUAUCUCACCUUAUGAGUCUGUAGUUGUAAUACCAUGCCGUGCUUACCACCUUUGCGAUAUAUACAUAGUCUGCAAGUGUUCAGUUGUGGCCAGUUAUUAAGGGGCUCGAAAAAUGGAGUCAUGUCCUUUUUGCGGGCGAGUUGGAGAACUAUGAUCGCCCGGCAUAUUUUCAAGACCUUUUUCGUUUUGUUGAUAAAUUGAAUGGCAUUAUUAUCGUGAAACAAGAAACUCACAAAAAUUGAUCUGUGUUAACAAUGUUUUAUCAAACAAGCUAAACGUCAAAGGAAAACGAAAGGGGGCGUUUAUUGAAACAUUUUGUUAUGGUGGCGCUGCUGGGAUAUAUCUUCUCGAUUACUGCAAAGCCACAAAAUCAUCCAAAUGAUCACUACUAAUAAUAUAUCAAGGUAACUGACAGUAGCAAAGUCACUUUUAACACAAUGAAAAGAAGUUAAGUGCAUCAUUUCAAUUUCGGUUCUCACCAAAAUAGCUCGACCCCCUCUAUUCGCAAAUAUGAUAGAAAAUCAUGCCUAAGGUAAAACUUCUCUAGCGCGUAAUCCCAAACUUGUGUGUAGUCUGACGGAGAGGGUCUGUGAAAAAACAUAACGCGUGCGACGAAAGCUUCUUGGUCCCUAACUUAACCAUUCCUAGCCUAACCUGACCUGACCUAACCUCACCUCACCUCCACCUCCACCUCACCUCACUUGGAAAACAGAAGGGAGGUGCCUACCCGCUUUUCGAACUAUACAAAUUUCAAAGGAUGCACCCUUCACCAUUUUCAAACUGCACAGUCACCGACAGCCAAGGGCGUGGUGACAUCUCAUUAUUUCUACACAGCCAAUAUAGCUUCAGCAUCGGGCGUGACCAUAAACACCGCCUGCGUGUCAUAAAAAACUUGUUGACAAGUUUUAGAUGAAGUUUUCAUUUUGUUUUUGUUUUUUAGGUUGUUUUUGUUGGACCGAUAUACCGCUUCUCGCCUGCGCUUCCUGGUUUGCUUCGAAGGGGCCGCCCGAGCAGCCGGCCGUGUUGCUUUUAGGAAGACGUGAAUUCAAUUCGUGAGCAUCGGCAUCUGUCGCACACCCAGCCAUCUACGUUCUCUUCAACUGCCUGCCCCCCCCCCCCCCCUUUUUCCCUGGCUCAAAAGAAAACAAAAAAAAAAAGCCUUCGCACCGACGGAAGAGGAAAGUUGCAUAGUUACUGUAAGAUUUAGCAGUCUUUAAGAUAAUCUUCCAAAAAAACGUACUACCCAUAAUAAUUAUUCCGCAUAUACGGCAAGCGUCUUUUUUCUUAAUAUUAUUCUUGUUUUCAGAAGAGCGGGGCUCAGCAAGAAAAUUCAAAAGUUUCUCAUUUGGAGCGCGAGGAAAUGUCCACUCGACUAGCUCUCCAGCGUACACUGACGUGAUUUACUGCUAAUUAAUGCGACCACGAUAAAGCAUUCGGGAAUUUAAAGCGGAGAUCAUAAGGUCACGAAUCCAUUAGCAUCCAUUAAUAUCACGUCCUUCCCACUUUUUAGUUUGAUAUGUACUAAAAAAAACGAAAGCGUUCUCCCUUAGCGUCUUAUGAGUCAUUAGUUAGCAAAAACUUCAACAGGUGUUUAAAUUUUAUGCUACUGUACCUUUUUUGACUGAAUGAAAUUACUUAUAAUACGUGUUGGGCCGAAAAUUAAGCUAACCUGUGAAAUUGAGCGUGAUUACAUUAAAUAUGUGCGAGGAUCAGCGAGGGUGUUAUACUCCCUUGUAAGGGCACCUUAAACAAAAAACAUACCUCUUCUUUCUUUUAUUUUUUCUUGAAUCGGCGAACUGGCGCACUCCGAUGGACAUGCGCAGGUUCAAUAUCGCGAGAUCAUUAGCGAAUUCCUUAAAAUUCGUUCUGGGAGCUUUCUAACUGCCCGAAAAAAAAUAUGAUAUUACUAUACCUGUGAGGAUCAGUGAAUGUCUUAAAUAUAUGUGAGAAUCAAUAAAUGGCGCUAUUUCUCGGCUGAUUAUCGCUAACCCACGCAACGAAAACCGGAUCCUCAGCUUGGUGACGUGAAACAACAUAUAACUAAUCCUUCUAUACUUCAGCAGUUAGAGAAGAUUUCAGAAAACUUGGAGAAGAGAAGCCUUAGAGAAGAUUUAGAAAAGACUUCAGUUGGUCACCAAGAUAGCCAAGUACGCAAAUCCGCUGCAAUUCAAGAGCAAUCUUAUAGUCACUGACAUUUUAAGAAGCACAGGGUGUUUCUUAAAAUAUCUUCGCACAUUUGGUGCCAGGCUCGAAUCCUCCGGAUACUAUAUAGUCAUUUUAUUUUACAGACAGGCUGUGCCUGAACUUUGCCCGAGUGAUCGCUAACCAGUUCCGCUGCAAAAGCAGAGUCGUAGCGUUUCUUCGUAAUACACUUCUCCACACCACUCUCUAAAGCCGGGUUCACACUGCUUACACAUCAUAAAAAAGACAGUCUCCAUACAGAUUCAAAAGCGAGUCAUCGCGAAAUCCGUGCUUUGAAUGCCGCAUGAUAAUGAGUUCACUGAGAAACUUGGCACGCGGCAUUCGAACCACGGAUACUGCUGCGACUGGUGUUUGCGGACUGUCUUUUUGUAUGAGGUGUGAGCAGCGUGACCCCGGCUUAAUAUUACCCGAUUCCUCGUUGCGCGGUAACAUAUGGAAAAAACAUAUUUUUUUUUUUACUGCGGAGCUGUUAAGGGCUAGUUUCCCCAGGAUCGUGUCCGUCCUCAAAUGACCUGAUGACACAAAACUCUGGACAGCUACCGCCAUCUAUGAGCGACGGCGGCAACCUCGCUGGUUGUCUGGUUGCCGCCGUCGCCCAUAGACGCGGCACAUAGUACAGCCCCGCUGCUCUUCCUUCUUCACCAAAGUGGAAAGGCUGAAAGUUUUUUUUCUUUCGUUUCUUUUUUUUUUUUUCUUGCCGAGGCGUGACCAACGGCAGUAAAAAGUCGUUCCUUUGCUUUCAACGGUUCCUCCCGUGACGUUAGUCUUGCAACCGUCACCAGUUCAAGAAGAGGCAGUAUGCAGUCGAGCUGGUUGGUAAACAUCCUCAUCUAAACCCUGACCCAAGAAGUGUGUUGUAUUCUCUAUUAUUUUAUGCCUCCUUGUCAAGGGGUUUAGAAUUAGAUGAUGCCCCCAGUGACUGUGCGCCAUCUCGCUGAUUUUCCCCUGAUCACUGACAGAUUACGACCGACUAAUUUGACUGACGAAGUUUGUUACGUACGAUAUCAUUACCUCUGUGAAAAAGAAGGUUAUAAUAUUUUUCUUUCUUGUUUACCUGCUGCGUUAGCUAGCGUGGACUAAAAUAGAGGUUCCUCCUGAAGAAACCACUGCAAGAUACCGACGCGAUUAAAUUGAGGAAUUUGAAGGAUUUGAGUUCCCGGCAUUACAAAAUACAUAUUCGUUGUACUGUUGAAAUACCGUUAAACCCAUUUUAAUCAAAUAUUGGAGUCGUGGUUGUACACCUACCAUCACGAAGCAGUAGCACGUAUCUCGGAGCCAGUUACAUUUCUUCGCUUUUUUUUUAAACGUGUAAUACAAACAUUAGCUAUGCGCCAAGCAAUCUAUCGCGUGGUCAUUUAUGCGACAGUAUAGAGGAUUAAUUGGGGUCAGUCUACACCGUUUGCCAAUGCCAAAGUAACGCCGCGUAGAUUUCUCAGUCAAAAUCCACCUUCGACCAAUUUGGGUAUUGAGGAGAGGCAGAUCAGAAGUUAUAUUCCUAACGAGCGUGUUGGUACGAUGUGCUAGAUAACAGAAAGUAUAAAACAGAGAGAGGACGAAGAGAGGACGAAAAUGUACUCGUCUGUGUUUCGUCCUCUCUCUGUUUUAUACUUUCUGUUAUCUAGCAGAUCAGAAGGUUCCCGAACGAUUACUCGCCAACUUGUGAGCAACAAACAGCACUUCGUGCCAAUACUGACCCACGUCACGGUCGUAGAUGUAAUCACGCCGGCCACCGAGAGAAAAUCUUUAGGGUAAGGUACUACGCGCUGACGCUCGUUUUAAAUUCCCGCUAAUUCGAUUCGCUACUGCCUUCGCUGCCGUAGGCCUGACUUCGCAAUGACGUAUCUUACCCUACAGACUAAUUCCCUUUGAAGGAGAGCAACACCUUGGAAGGGCAUCAACGUCUGCAACUAGAUUUCAGCCAACUGCAUUCCCAAUCCCUCCCCUGACGAAACAAUAAAAAAAAAAAAAAACUCUAACUUUUGUAGUUCUCUCGGGCUUGACUUGAAGUGCUUUGGUGCAGCCUGACUCGCUUCGAUCAAUCCCUUGGUUCCCUUGUCUAUUUUAUUUUGUUCCUUCGUCUUCCACACGCUCUACUAUUUCGUAACCCCUUUGGCGCACUGCAGUGCUGCCCGCGCUCUGUCGUAAUUUUGCAAGGCCCUUUUCCCUUUUUGAGGCCGCCGGAGGGAAGAAAGUCUCUUGUGGAACCAAGUGUCCUUUGUUGAUGCUAAUGCUUCUCAGAAAAAACAAAAAAAAAAUGAGGCACGUGGACAAGGUUCGUUGUCCUAUCCUCUGGAUCAAUCUUUGCGAGAUUGAAGACAUCGUGGCGUACAUGUAGUAGCAUGAUGCCUGGAACGAUCCUCCGACUGAUGCGUUUACCACGUCCGAAAAAGUGGUCCCUCGAUUUCCGCCAGAUGGCGUCAUACAAGUGUCAUGUUGUCGUGCCGCGAUCCUGGCGGUGUCACGGCAGCGUUGGUGGAUCUGGCAGACGCCUGUUCUGGUGUUGGUAGCUGCCUUAGCUUGACAGUUUACGGAAGCUUUAGCAGCCAGAGGUUGGGACGCCGUUUGCUCGUACUUUUUGCCAGGACGUCUAGCGUUAUUUUGUUGAAUUACCCGAGACCGGAACGAGAAACCUAGGAAGCAUCUAACCGUGGAAGAGAAACAAAAAGGUGUCAGGAGGCCAGGAUCGCGACGUUCGACAGCAUGAGACCCCAAUUUUUGGUGACGUCAUUUGUUGAACUUUUUGGGGACCGCUUUUGAUACAUAGGCGGGAUAUAAGCAGUUAAACUCACCAGUCGGAAACGCGUUUCAGGCACCGUAGUAGUAGUUCCCGGCGAAAACUGUGAGCUCCCCGGACGUCGGUGCCUGGUGUCUUUUUGGACUCCGGAAACAAGCUAAACCAAAUUGUUAUCUCUGCGCGCGAUGUGUGUAUAUGUGUAUGUGAGACUUUGUGGGUGUAUGAGUGUUUUUACGUCUUUAAGCAUGACGUCGCCACGAACUAAGACUGGUAUAGAAUGCUGAAACACGGCUAGAAGACAGGUAGUAAGAAGGCCUAUGCGUAGAUCUGGUUGUGCCCUCGGUCUGACAACCUAGGCGCGACCAGGAGGGUAGUUACUCUGGAAUCAUCGCGAUCUUCACAGGGUGCAAGAAGCCUCAGGGGUGAUCUUGACACACACAAAAUAUAUUGAAAAACAAAAACAAAACAAAAAACAUGUGAAGGUGCUAUGACAGCUGCGGUUACCCCUCGCGGUAAAGGAGUCAUUGUUUUUGUGUAGUCGUGUAUACCAUAUGGAAAUACACGUAACUUCCAGAAGUCUCUGGAGACCUUUUGUCAAUGACGAUGGCGGAAGAGGGGACAUGGUUUUUCUUUCUAUUAUUCUAUCUUCAGAUGUCAACGGAAACGAGCAGAGCAGUAUUUAUUGAAUAAAGACGUGCUUCAAUCAAUCAACCAACCUAUCAAUCAAUCAAUCAAUUCUUACAGUCUCCUGGAAGCAGUGCCCGCAAAACUAAAUAACAACAAGCGUUUUCUCUUGGCUAAGAACUUACCAACCGAAUUUAAAAGCAAUCAACGCACCAUUACAAUGUUUCACAUUUUUUGUUAUAUUUACAUUUACUAGUGAGAUUGUAACGCGUAAUAUUGAUUUGUAGUUAGAAUGCGUGAAUAGGGGAGGGGUCAGGUGUUAUUGAUAUUUUUGCUUUGAUUUCACAAUUCAUCCUCCUGCAUCAGGAGGUCUUUUUAAUUUCACACUUUUCAAAAUGCGCUUGUCCAUUCGCCCAUAUGCACAUAUAAAAAAAAACACCCGAUAAGCAUAAGUAACACGACCAAAAACAACAAUGUAAGCGUUUGCAUGCGCCUGUUUCAAAAGGCCAGAUAGACACACCAACACAAAAACAAGAAGGUCAAGGCGACAUUGUUAGGCGCACAGUCAAUGGGUGCAGGGUCAUGUGUCUUCUGUAGCCCCUGUUACGGAUCUUUGAUGUUGUAUAUGUUAUCAUGGCUGGCGGCCAUGAAACUGUAAUUUUCUCGUUGAACAACGGAUGCCAAUUCAUGCGUCAGCUUAUAAAUAUGUCCGUUACGAGCUAAGACAUUUGACAAAGUCCAGCAGUGUCGACAAACAAAUGUCUACUUGGGUCCUUCUUCUUGUAUGUUGUCUAACAAGGACGACAUCGUUGCACCAAACACAAAUGCACGACACAGAAGGAACGCAGCAGCGAAGGGCGACCGAAAGUCGAAUUUUAAACAAGCAGUUAACGUUGAUAUGUAUAUAUGUAAACAUUGUUUCUUCGGAAGCCUACCCCAGUUUGCCGUGUUCUUGAACUGAGUUGCCUUGCGAGAGAAGAGAGCCGGCUUUCGCCGAACAGUGUGAUGUCGAAAAAUUGUAUUUCUAUAUUGAACGUCGUGAACACGAUCACGUGUUGCUUGGCGCGCUAUAUAUACACACACACACAUAUAUAUAUAUAUAUAGUGCACACCGCUAUGAGUGUUGUUUGUUUGCUUGACUGCCUGUUUGCCCUGUCUUUGAACUAUAACGGCCAACAGGCUGAAUGUGAAUGUUGACAAACUGUUCGCGAGCGUACAUGCGUCGUCACGCAGACUUUCGGCAUCUUUAGCAGAGCUAUGUUGACGAGCUUCUGUGCGCCACCGCGCUGAGUCUCCUGUUACAGCCUACCGACCUCACAAACUGCUGUUCAAAAGCGAACGCCCCAAACGUCAGACGGCUCAUCUAUAACUGUGUUCCUCUGAUGUGAAAGAUGUAACGACGAAAGCGUAUAUUUAAUAAUCAGUCUGUACGUGUGUGGUAUGUGUGGUGUCUAAGAGCUGACAAUAAACUAAGCAAAUGCAAAACCUG